CCGGGUUCCAGAGCUCAAGGGUUGGUACAGUAGGCUUCACUAGACUUAGCUGCAACUCAGAAUUUCUCCUCCAGCACCUGGUAAAUGCUGAUGGUCUUGUGGAGAGUGGAGUGAGAGUACGAGCUAAGUUCUCAGUCCCAAUUGAGAAGCGGAGGAAAGUUAAACUGUCUCCUUCCAAGUUUAUCCCAGCCACCACCAUCAAGACAGCAAACCAAAGGACAAAGACUUUGAACUGCUGUGUUGCUCUGUGUAGUCCAGUUCACGUGUGGUUUACAGACUUGGUUUGGGUUACUAAUAAGUAAAUAAAAAGCCGGACGCUUCUGUCAUUCGGACAUUUUACUCACCACACAUUACCAGAAUGAGGGCUGUUCUGGAGACAGCAGACAUUGCCAUAGUGGCCCUGUAUUUUAUCCUGGUCAUGUGCAUUGGUUUUUUUGCCAUGUGGAAAUCUAAUAGAAGCACUGUGAGUGGAUACUUCCUGGCCGGGCGCUCUAUGACCUGGGUGGCAAUUGGUGCCUCUCUGUUUGUGAGCAAUAUUGGGAGUGAACACUUCAUUGGGCUGGCAGGAUCUGGAGCAGCAAGUGGAUUUGCAGUGGGCGCGUGGGAGUUCAAUGCCUUACUGCUCCUGCAACUUCUGGGAUGGGUCUUCAUCCCCAUUUACAUCCGGUCAGGGGUAUACACCAUGCCUGAGUACUUGUCCAAGAGAUUCGGUGGCCAUAGGAUUCAGGUCUAUUUUGCAGCCUUGUCUCUGCUUCUCUAUAUCUUCACCAAGCUCUCAGUGGAUCUGUAUUCAGGUGCCCUGUUCAUCCAGGAGUCUUUGGGUUGGAACCUCUAUGUGUCUGUCAUCCUGCUCAUUGGCAUGACUGCUCUGCUGACUGUCACCGGAGGCCUUGUGGCAGUGAUCUACACAGACACUCUGCAGGCUCUGCUCAUGAUCGUUGGGGCACUUACACUUAUGGUAAUUAGCAUGAUGAAGAUCGGAGGGUUUGAGGAAGUUAAGAAAAGGUACAUGUUGGCCUCACCCAAUGUUUCUUCUAUUUUAUUGACACACAACCUUUCCAACACAAAUUCUUGUGACGUCCACCCUAAAGAGGAUGCCCUAAAAAUGUUGCGACAUCCAAAAGAUAAAGAUGUUCCAUGGCCUGGAUUCAUUCUUGGGCAGACCCCAGCCUCAGUGUGGUACUGGUGUGCUGACCAAGUCAUCGUGCAGAGGGUUCUAGCAGCCAAAAACAUUGCUCACGCCAAAGGCUCUACUCUAAUGGCUGGCUUCCUGAAGCUUCUACCAAUGUUUAUCAUAGUUGUACCAGGAAUGAUUUCCAGGAUACUGUUUGCUAAUGACAUAGCUUGCAUCAACCCAGAGCACUGCAUGCAAGUAUGUGGAAGCAGAGCUGGGUGCUCCAAUAUUGCUUAUCCACGCCUAGUGAUGGAGUUGGUCCCUGUGGGCCUCCGGGGCUUGAUGAUGGCAGUGAUGAUUGCAGCUCUGAUGAGUGACUUGGACUCCAUCUUUAACAGUGCCAGUACCAUAUUCACCCUCGAUGUAUACAAACUUAUCCGUAAGAGUGCAAGCUCCCGGGAGCUAAUGAUUGUGGGCAGGAUAUUUGUGGCUUUUAUGGUCGUCAUCAGCAUAGCAUGGGUGCCAAUUAUUGUGGAGAUGCAAGGAGGCCAGAUGUACCUUUACAUCCAGGAGGUGGCAGAUUAUCUGACCCCUCCAGUGGCAGCCCUUUUCCUCCUGGCAAUUUUCUGGAAACGCUGCAAUGAGCAAGGGGCUUUCUAUGGCGGAAUGGCAGGCUUUGUUCUUGGAGCUGUCCGUUUGAUACUGGCUUUUACCUACCGUGCUCCUGAGUGUGACCAGCCUGAUAACAGGCCAGCCUUCAUCAAAGACAUCCACUACAUGUAUGUGGCUACAGCACUGUUUUGGGUCACAGGGCUCAUUGCUGUAAUUGUCAGUCUUCUCACACCACCCCCCACGAAGGACCAGAUCCGUACUACCACCUUUUGGUCCGAGAAGACCCUGGUGACAAAGGAGAGCUGCUCUCAGGAAGACGAGCCGUAUAAAAUGCAAGAGAAGAGUAUUCUGCGAUGCAGUGAGAACAGUGAAGCCAUCAACCAUGCCAUUCCCAAUGGGAAAUCUGAGGACAGCAUGAAGGGGCUGCAACCUGAAGAUGUUAAUCUGCUGGUGACGUGCCGAGAAGAGGCCAACCCAGUGGCUUCUGUGGGCCAUUCAGAGGCAGAAACACCAGUAGAUGCUUAUUCCAAUGGGCAAGCAGCACUCAUGGGUGAGAAAGAGAGAGAGAAGGAAACAGAAAACGGAAGCCGCUAUUGGAAGUUCGUAGACUGGUUUUGUGGCUUUAAAAGUAAAAGCCUCAGCAAGCGGAGUCUCAGAGACUUGAUGGAUGAGGAGGCUGUUUGCUUACAGAUGUUAGAAGAGACUCCGCAAGUCAGAGUGGCACUAAACACUGGACUUGUUGCUGUGUGCUCACUUGGAAUUUUCAUGUUUGUUUAUUUCUCCUUAUGAACUUAAGGAUAUGAUGAGACGCUUAAAAGAAAAUCCUGGUCUUUGAAAACAAAAAUGUUAACCGUUGCAUCUCUCAGGCAUUGUUUACGCUGAAGGUUUUAGCCAAAUUCUACUUAACUUAAAAUCAUCUGUUUGCAAGACUAUUUUCCCAGAGAUGGAUGAAAGUAAAUGUUCAACUUAAAUGAAACAAAGCAGGCUGAAUUGUGGAAAAAAAAAAAAUGUGGUUUUAGAGUUUUCCAUACCAAAGUAAGGAGAGACCAAUUAUUCUCAUAGCGCACUUAGAACAGAAUGUGUGUUAGGACAUCGUGAGUCAAGUGGUUUGUCUGCAUUGCCAGUCUCUGUAGACCUUAAGCUGAAGUAGAUUUGCUCAUUUGUAAGGUUUUUGUCUCUCAUCCCUGCUAUGAUUAACAUGCUGAAUUCGUAGAGACUGUAUGAUUCGUUCCUUCCUGGAAGUCUAAUGUGU